AUGUCAGGAGCAUCUGAUUUUUUAUCUAAAGGGAUAGAUCUAGUACAAAAAGCUAUUGAUGCCGAUACGGCUACUCGAUAUGAAGAAGCUUAUAAAUUAUAUUAUAAUGGAUUAGAUUAUUUAAUGUUGGCAAUAAAAUAUGAGAAAAAUCCUAAAUCUAAAGAAUUAGUGAAAAGUAAAUUUACAGAAUAUUUAACUCGAGCUGAACAAUUAAAAGAUCAUUUAGAAAAGCAAGCACAAAAUAAAUCAACGGCAGAAAGUUCAGUGAAUGGAUCAACCAAGGCGAAAAAAUCUAAUAGUAAUGGAGAUGGAGAUGAUAAUGAUGAUGCUGAUACUAAGAAAUUACGUGGAGCAUUAGCUGGAGCCAUUCUUCUGGAAAAACCAAAUGUUAAAUGGUCAGAUAUUGCUGGAUUAGAUGGGGCUAAAGAAGCAUUAAAAGAAGCAGUUAUAUUACCGGUGAAAUUCCCACAAUUAUUUGUUGGUAAUAGAAAACCAACAUCAGGAAUAUUAUUAUAUGGACCACCAGGAACUGGUAAAUCAUAUUUAGCUAAAGCAGUAGCCACUGAAGCUAAUUCGACAUUUUUCAGUGUAUCAUCAUCGGAUUUAGUUUCUAAAUGGAUGGGAGAAUCAGAAAGAUUAGUGAAACAAUUAUUUACUAUGGCAAGAGAAAAUAAACCAUCGAUUAUAUUUAUUGAUGAAGUUGAUGCUCUUUGUGGACCUCGAGGAGAAGGUGAAAGUGAAGCUUCAAGAAGAAUAAAAACUGAAUUAUUAGUACAAAUGAAUGGAGUUGGUAAUGAUUCUCAAGGAGUUUUGGUAUUAGGAGCUACUAAUAUUCCUUGGCAAUUAGAUGCUGCAGUUAGAAGAAGAUUUGAACGAAGAAUUUAUAUUGCUUUACCUGAUGUUGAAGCAAGAACAAGAAUGUUUGAAAUAAAUAUUGGGGAAGUGCCUUGUGAAUGUACUCCACAUGAUUAUCGAAUAUUAGCAGAAAUGACUGAUGGAUAUUCAGGUCAUGAUAUUGCUGUUGUGGUAAGGGAUGCAUUAAUGCAACCAAUUCGUAAAAUUCAACAAGCUACUCAUUUUAAACCAGUGAUUGAUGAAAUUGAUGGGAAAGAAAAAUUGACUCCUUGUUCUCCUGGAGAUGAAGGAGCUCAAGAAAUGAAUUGGAUGGAUCUUGGUACUGAUGAAUUAAAAGAACCUCCAUUAACAAUCAAAGAUUUUAUAAAAGCAAUUAAAAAUAAUCGACCAACAGUUAAUGAAGCAGAUAUUGCUCAACAUGUUAAAUUUACUGAAGAUUUUGGUCAAGAAGGUAAUUAG